AAUGAGGUGUAUAAGGUGUCCUUGGAUAGAUUUUGAAGUCUAUUUUUAUAAUUGAGUGGUCUCUGUUCGAGAGGAGAGAGCAAUCAUCCAAAAAUCGAUCUGGAACGAGCAGUGGUCUGUGAACUCGAGCUGUGGGAGUGCUGGGACUGUCUGGUUGAUAUCUCGAGUUUUAACAAUCCAAUUUAAGCGUGUGAGAUACCAAAAGAAAGCUCUCAAGACGAGGAAUCCGUGAAGGUCUGGUUUGCAUCAAUCGGAGUUGUGGAAGGCUUCCAAAUCGUCCGAGCAAAACACAACCUCGCAGGAGAGGAUUUAAUCUUCUAAAGAAACGAGUUAACCGGGAAACACCCGUUCUAGGGGCUGUUUUCGUAUCAACGAUUGAGGGUUGAACUAGCACUUUGAGGAGGCUGUUUAACACUCAUAUUUGAGCAAGGAAUUAGUUCCAAAUCCACCUUGACCAAAGCUUUGACCAUUGGACCAAGAAGGGAAAGUUUAAAGCUCAAUUGAGGUUGAGGCUAGAGCUUGCUUCCUGUGCUCGUUGCCCGAGUGAUUUCCCCGGAGAGAAGACUUGAAAUGGACCGUGGUGGCAGGAUUACUAGGAGAAACCCGACUGGCCGUGUACUAGUGGAGGCUGGACAGGGCAGUCGAACGACCUCUAGGGCAUCUAGAGGAGCUGGCCGGGGAGGCCGAUCACAGACCGUGAGUGACGGUCAUGUCGACACAGAAAGUGAAACCUUGACAUUCAUGUUAUUUCCAUGUUUAUGUUUGUGCUUUUGAUUAGUUUUGAGUGAUUAUUACUCUAGAAAUUACACACUUUUGGUGUAAUAGUUUAGUUUGUAAAAUGUUUGUAAAUUGUUUAGAUUAGAUUUGUUCUGAGCUCAAACAGGUCCAAGACCACUCUAGGGACCAUUGGUGAACAUCACAAGUGGAAGGAAGGUGCAAAAAUUCCAAAACAAAAUGAAGAUCCUGAUUUUUGGUAUUGUACCCGGUCGAGUAUACCCUAUACUCGAUCGGGUAAGUUGCUGAAAAGUCAAAUCGAAUCAACCCGGGAACAAGGCAACAUGCAGGAAGAUUUUUAACUCGAUCGCGUAUCCAUACCCGAUCGGGUAGCCGACAUACCCGAUCGGGUAUGACCCCAGAUUUUCAGUUUCGAGGAAACUAACCCUUACCCGAUCGGUCGAGCUGAAAACCCGAUCGGGUACACGACCCUGCAAGCCUAAAAAGCCUAUAAAUACACCCCAUUUCCUCCACAAGAAAGGCACCAAUUCCUUUAUACUCUUAAGCUCAGUUUAGAAUAGCAUUUCUUUAUAUUUCUUUUAGCAUGUUUAGUCUCCAAAUGAGGAGCUAAACUUCCAUUUCUUGGUAUUGCUCUUGAAGCUUGUUGAUUAUUAAAGUUGUGAGUUAUUUUCUUAACUUCUUUUCCUUGAAUAUUAAUUCUUCCUUUAAAUACUAUUUCUAUAUCAAUGUUGGGGAGUGUUACUAAGAUGACAAUUAGUUAACAUCUUGACAUUGGUUUUAGUAAUAGCUAUUCCUUCCUCUAUGUUAAUAUCGGGGAGUGUUACUAAGAUGACAAUUAGUUAACAUCUUGAUAUUUAACUAUAGUAGGAUUCAUUCCCUUUUAAUAUUCUUCCUUGAGUAUUAAUUAAUUCCUAUUCAUAUUUCAUAUUAGUAUUUUGAACAUUACUUAAAGGAUCAAUUAGUUUUGUUUCAAAUAUUAAUUACUACUAGAAAUGAUCAACGAACCGAUGGUUAAUCGUUGAUAGUUUCACAAGUAAGUAACUUCGGUUUAUUAAUGCACGGUCGUGGUUAAUAGACUUAAGAGGGAUUAAUUUUGUUGGUUAAACCGAAACCGUUGUGUUAAGGUUAUCAAUCUCAAUUGAUUUCAUCAAGGAGUUAAAAGAUUAAAUGCUACUAUCAAGUCGAUAUAUGGCGUUGUUCUAUACUUGACUAAUAGUAAGGGUUAGUAAUGAACGGUCGUUGUUAAUAACUAUCCUCGAUGAAUUGGAUAUACUCCUCGAUUGAGUAUUCGAGAGGAGAUAAGUUAUAGAUAUAACAAUGAUCGACUAAAAUAUAUCAACAAGUGGAAAGUAGCAAUACCAAGUCAAUUUUAUCUUUGAAUUAAAUCUCAUAUAAAUCGUUCAUCUUCGUGUUUAAAUUUAAUUAAAUCACUCAACAAUCAAAACCCCCCUUUACUUACUAUUUAUAUAAAAAGAAAGUUAUUCCUUUCCCUGUGGAUACGAACUCUACUUCACCUAUACUACGUAUAAGUGCUAGUAUUGAAUAUUAUUUUGAGUGCACUCACGACAAAGUGCACGUCAAAUUUGGCGCCGUUGCCGGGGAAAGGCAAUUUAAUUUUUCUUUUUAUUUCAUUUAAAAAAAAAAAAAAUAGUUGAAGUAUAGAGAUUUCUAUUUCUUCUGAGCUUUGUUUGAGUAUAUGGUAAGAACCCGAUCUAUAAACGAAAUCAUCUACCAAACAACCCCCCAAACGGAUCAAGCCUUCGAAAGGUUUAGGAAUUUAUUUCCGAAUACUUCUUCGGAGGAAUCAUCAAGUGCUAGUUCUCAAUCUAGCGAGACCGAAGAACCAAUCACUAUGGCUCUUGAGACGAGAACAUUGAGGGAGCUCACAGCUCCGAAUCUUAAUCAACAACCUCUAUGUAUCACUUUUCCAACUCUUGAUACAGGGGUCACAUUUGAGCUAAAAUCUGGGCUCAUUCAUCUCCUUCCAUCAUUCCAUGGCUUACGAGGGGAGGAUCCAAACAAACACCUGUCGGAGUUCCACAUUGUGUGCACAAGCAUGUGCCCCAAUGGUGUCUCCGAGGAGCAGAUCAAACUGAGAGCCUUCCCAUUCUCCUUGAAGGACACCGCGAAGGAUUGGCUUUUCUAUCUUCCUUCGGGAAGUAUCACUACAUGGCCACAAAUGAAGAAGGCCUUUCUUGACAGGUACUACCCCGCUUCUAUUUCAUCAUCACUCAAGAAGCAAAUAAGCAACAUCGAACAAAAAGAUGAUGAAUCCCUAUAUGAAUAUUGGGAGAGAUUCAAGAAGCUAUGUGCAAGUUGCCCCUAUCACGGAUACACCGAACAAGACCUCAUCCUCUACUUCUAUGAUGGUCUUGUGGAUCAAGAUCGUCGCAUGGUGAAUGCGGCGUGUGGAGGGGGCAUUGUCAACAAAACCCCUUCACAAGCGAGAGAUCUCAUCUCGGAGUUGGCCGAGAACUCCAGACACUAUAACGGGCGGUCCUCAACUCGGAGGGUUAUGGCAGCAGAAUCCAACAACACGUUGGAAAGUCAAGUGAACGGCUUGACAAGUCAAGUGACCGGCUUGACUUCUUUGGUUAAGGAUUUCCUUUUAAAAUCCAAGGCCCAAGAAGUCAAGGUCUGCGGUAUCUGUACACAACAAGGGCAUCCCACGGACUCAUGCCCAACUCUUCAAGAGGACACCACAGAGCAAGUCAACGCCUGGGUUUCCAGGGCCACCAACAAAGGAGGUAUGACCUGUUCUCAAAUUCUUACAAUCCCGGAUUUAGGGAUCAUCCAAACUUGAGGUAUGGAAACCCUCAACAAGCCAACCCACCUUCUCAAUCGAGUAUGUCUACGGAAGACAUGAUUCGAACUCUUGCCACUACCAUGGGCACCUUACAACAAAACGUGGUGCAAUUUCAACAAGAAACAAAGUCAAGCAUUCAAAAUUUGGAAACUCAAGUUAGCCAAAUUUCGAAUGCUGUAAAUCGACUUGAAGCAAGAGAUUCAGGUAGGCUUCCCUCCCAAACUGAGCAGAACCCAAGGCAACAAGUCAAUGCCAUCAUGCUAAGGAGUAGCCCAGAAUUACAAGCAAAGGAAGUUGAAAACGAGGAGGUUAACCACAAGGAGGAGGAACUAACGAAGACAAAAUUUCCUCCGCUUUCAUCAUAUGAACCAAUCCCUCCAUUCCCUGAGGCAUUGAAAGACACAAGGAAGCUAGAGAGUGAUCGGGGCAUCUAUGAGACCUUCGCGAAUUGUGAGGUAAAUAUCCCACUCUUUAAACUAAUCAAAAGUGUUCCCCGUUAUGCAAAGUUCUUAAAAGAACUAUGUAUAAUGAAAAGAAGAGAUAAAUUAAAGGGGAAACAAAAGGUUGAAGUUAGUGAGCAUGUCUCGGCCAUCUUUCAGGAAAAACUUCCAAAAAAAUGUAGCGACCCAGGCAUGUUCACUAUUCCUUGCACGAUAGGAAACGCCACAUUUCCUAAGGCCUUAUUAGAUUUAGGGGCAUCUAUAAACGUCAUUCCUUAUUCCGUUUAUAAAACCCUACAACUUGGCCCACUACAUCAAACCGGUGUGGUGAUUCAACUAGCAGAUCGUUCUAGUACCUACCCGAAAGGUGUAUUAGAAGAUGUGCUAGUAGAAGUAGAGAAUAUGGUUUUUCCCGUCGACUUCUACGUCCUCGAAAUGGGGAAUGAUGACCAAACAACGCCCAUCCUUUUGGGAAGACCCUUCUUAAAGACCGCAAAAACAAAAAUUGACGUGUCUAGUGGUUCAUUAACUUUAGAGUUCAAUGACCAAAAAGUAGAGUUCAAUAUCUUUGACUCUACGAAACAACAAAUUAAAGAUCAAUCUCUUUCUUCUUUAAAUGUUUUUGAACCACCAACACCAAAUGUUUUAAUUAAGUUGGGAACAAAGAAGAAGGGCCAGCCUUACUGGAAAAGGCUAAAGAAAAGAAAUGACGGAAGGGAUGCUCACGAUCCCACAUAAAAUAAAAAUAAAAAUAAAUAAAACGUCGUGCCACGACGUUAAAUAAAGCGCUUCUUGGGAGGCAACCCAUGCAAGGUAUGUUUUCUUUUCAAUUUUUUUUGUCGAAUGUCAACUUUUGGGAGAAUGGGAGGAAAUUCUCAAAAAGAAAAUGAGGGAAAAAUAAUAUUUUCAAGGCAUGGGGAAACCCCCGAUCGGUCAUCAUCAGUUACCCGAUCAGAUCCAUGCCGAAAAGAGGAUUAAAAUGGACCAAACAAGAAUUCCAGGCUAAUGUACCCGAUCGAGUAACAGUCCUACUCGGUCGGGUAUAGAGUAAAAAGGGGAAGAAGGGGGAUCGAGUACCCCAUACUCGAUCGGCCAAAAGAUAAAAAAUGAUCGAAUACUCGAUCGGGUAUACCUCAUACUCGAUCGGGUAAUCGACCCCUGGAGCCAAUUUGAAAAAUCCGCAAAAUACCCGAUCGAGUAAAUUUAUAUACUCGAUCGAGUAUAUUUCCAAAAAAUCCUACGGCGCCUAAAAUCCGAUCGAGUAUACCCCAUACUCGACCGGGUACACAAACCUGGAACCACUUUGUUAAAAAAAAGAGGGUAUACCCGAUCGGGUAUAUUAAUAUACUCGAUCGAGUAUAUUUACGGAAAAUCCUACGGCG